AAUUUAAAUUCUCAUAAUUUAGCAAAAAAAGAAAGAAUUAAAAAAUUCUCAUAUUUCAGAUAUUUGGAGCGCUCCAAUUUUGUUUCUCCUCGGGGUCAAUUAAUCUUCUCUCGCCUGAAUUGUUUCAUUAUUCAGGUGUCUAUAAAUUUAAUAAAGUUGUGUUUAAAUUAAGCAUGGCAGAAGUAAGCCUAGGUGUUCUUAUAGACAUUGUGGAUGAGGAAUGGAUGAGGGACACUCUGCCUGAUGAUGAUCUCCAGUUGCCGCCUGAACUUGCUCCUAAAACCGAGGACGCUGAAGAUUCAAAUCAGGAGACUCCACAAGCUGACGGGGAUGCUUGGCAUGAUCUCGCAUUAGGAACUCAAUAAGGUUCCUUUACGAGUGAGCUUUGCAGCUUAAUUUUUAUGGGAACGUGAAACAUUGGAAUCUAUGUAAACCAUUAGUAUUUUUCUACAUUUGCUGUUGUGAGUAAAUUAUAUGCAUUUUACCCUGUGAAGUUUGCAUGGCUUUUGUUGCUGGUGAAACAUGUGUUGCUUGCUUUA